CAAUUGGAUACAACCACGGACUAAUUGAUCCAUUCACUGAGAAUAAGAUGCCCACGGAAACGGAUCCUGUGCCGACCACCCCGGAACUCUAUUGCCUGUGCCGACAGAGCCGUGCGGAUGAAUUUAUGAUCUGCUGCGACAACUGCAACGAGUGGUACCAUGGCACUUGCAUCGGACUGAGUGCGGAAGUCGGACAGAGCUAUGACAGCUUCUAUUGCCUCAGAUGCCGGCGCAGGAACAGACGGCUAAAGUCCACAUACAAAAGUGAUCCAUCCUGUCCUGAUAUUCCGAAGGAGGAACCGAAGGAGGAUCGCAUGCCGAAAACAGCCAGAAUAAUCAAUUCAGCCAUGAAUCGGCGGAAAUCCAUGUGCGGCUCGUUGGCAGCUCUUCCGGAAAAGUCCAAAGCGAAACCUCCUGCGGCUGCCACCAAACCUCCAAAACGAGGCAACCAACUCUCAAGUGCAGCGACCAAAAAACCAGUCGGAGCUGCAAAGAAGGCGGCAGUUAAACCAGUCAAUGGAGCUGGAAAGUUGGACUCAAAACCAGUCGAAGUGGGCCGAUGGAUAUAUCCAAAGCCAGGAGCCAAGAAGUCGGACUCCAAGCCAAUCGAAGUAACCAAGAAGAUUGAUCCAAAACCAGCGGCGGCAGCCAAGAAGAUAGAUCCCAAACCAGUCGAAGCCGUCAAGAAGAUGGAUCCAAAACCAGUCAAGAAGUCCUUCGAAUCGAAAGGAACGCAAUGCGAUUUGUUUCGUGAAUUGGCCUCGCAAUCCAAUGAUGAUCAGAAUCCAAGUCCACCGGGUAAGUCCGGCAAGAAGAGGGGCAUCUGCUUCACCUACAACUGCGAUGAGAGGGCUCGACCGGAGUCUAGAUACUGUUCCGAUGAGUGUGGCAGCUUCACCGCCCUUACGAGAGUGUUCGCCUCCAUGCCGCAAUUGCUUCCUGGUUGGGGAUCUGGUUCUGAUGGAUCGAGGUCCAAGGAUUUGAUCCAGGUUUUGAGCAACAGUCAGAACAACAUGCUCACGGAAAAUGAUACGGAAAAUAGUCAUGUGUCAAGGAAAAGUCCACAGCCAACUGAGCCGGAAAAGAAGGCAGAAUCUGAUGCUAAAAAGGCAAAAGGAGAUGAUAAAGGAAGACUUGAUUUUUCCUCCAGAAGGAAGUCGAGAUCUUCGCGACAUCAAAGUCCCAAGCCGGUAGACAGCCCAGCCAAAAAACCGAAGCUCCAGGAUGAUUUAUCUGUAACUAAAUCCAAAAGCUCAAAAAAAUCAAAGACGGAAUCCCAUAAUUCUGAUUCUGAGUCACCACAAACUACAAACAAAACUACUUUAAAUCGCCGAGCAGAGAAACGAUCUUUAACUCUAACUUUUUCCAAAGAAUUGGAGAUUAUUCCCUCCAGACGUUUAAGGAUCGAGUCUGUUAACAAAACAUCUAAUACACUACCUAAUUCGCCAAGCCACUUGCCUGAACAAAAAACACAAUCAAUACAAUCAACUCCUAGGGUUUUAAAAAUACUUAAUACCCAAAAGGUAAACAAUACUUCCUCAAAAGCAGCACUUGAUCAAAAUAAGAAACUUACUCUAUCGAAAACCCCAAACAUAAGUCAAAACACAAGUCCAUUCCCCUCGCCGAAACAUACAAAAUCAAUUUCUGGGACUGCCAACCUAGAAAAACCCAGUAAGGUGUUUUAUUGCGAACCAAAAUCAGAAAACUGCGAAAAAAUGAAGACGAUCAAUCGCUUAGUUUCUCAACUUUUACCCGAGCAGAAGGCCCUUUUGGCCAGAAAGAGGAUGAUGAUGAAGAUAGCCAUGGAACAGCAGCUACGAGUGGAACCAGGUGACUACAAGGAGGGCAAGUCCAAGGGUCCUCCGAUAAGAACUUCUUAA